UAAUGGGUCCCACCUCAAGCUCCAUUGUUGCGACUUUCGAUUGCUUUAUUCACGCCAUGAUUUCCUUUCUUCUCCGGCUAUAUAUUACCCUAAGCCCACCGAUGAAGCUCAUCAUAGUUGAGCGCAGCAGCGAUGGAAGGGCUAUGGCGGUGGAAGACGCCACGGCCGCCGUCCGCAUCCGCCUUUCUCGCCAUUUUCGUCUCCGCGUUCUUAGUACUGGACUUCGCUCUCUGUCAGAACCUAGACGAUUCGGGCGGUGGUGUAGACACCGGAAAAGUGGAUAAUCCGGCAGUGCGGGAGUUUGUGGCUCAGGAAGUCAACCGCCGCAUCGCCAAUGUGACCUCCCAGGCUUUCUCUGGUGACCUUGCUGGGGAAUCAAGUUUCUGCGUUUUAAACAAAGAGAAGGAUUGGAAUAAUGCAUUUAAUUUUAGUCUGAAUUCGAAGUUCCUGAGAGAUUGUGUUGCCAGAACUAAAGGAGAUGUACAACAGAGGUUAUGUACUGCAGGAGAAAUAAGAUCCUAUCUUAGUAGCACCUUCACGACUUCGAUGCGUUACCAAAAACCUAACAUGAACUGUAAUCUUACAUCUUGGGUACCUGGUUGCGAGCCAGGAUGGGCUUGUAGCACUGGCUCCAACCAGAACUCUGACUCCAGAAACUUGCAAGAUAUACCUAGGAGAACCAUGGACUGUCAGCCUUGCUGUGAGGGAUUCUUUUGUCCACAAGGCAUUACGUGUAUGAUACCUUGUCCCUUGGGUUCCUAUUGCCCUCUUUCAACACUCAAUAAUGAUACUGGAGUAUGUGAACCAUAUGAUUAUCAAUUACCCCAUGGACUGUCGAAUCAUACAUGUGGAGGGGCAAAUAUUUGGGCAGAUGUUGCACAUAGCUCAGAAAUAUUCUGUUCAGCUGGAUCCUACUGUCCCUCAAAUACUGAAAAGAUUCCUUGCAGUAGUGGGAAUUACUGCCCUACAGGCUCUACAGCUGAGAAACGAUGCGUCAAGUUGACUUCAUGUGAUCCCAACACUUCAAGUCAAAAUAUGCGUGCAUAUGGAGUGAUUCUUAUAGCUGCUUUAUCUACCGUUCUCAUUAUAAUAUACAACUGCUCUGACCACAUAAUCACUGUUCGGGAAGGGAGACAAACUAGAUUUAGGGAAUCAGCAGCAAAAAGUGUAAAGGCUAGAGCACGAGCACGGGCAAGGUGGAAAUCUGCAAAGGAGGCUGCUAAAAAGCAUGCAAUUGAAUUACGUUCUCAAGUUUCACUCAAACCUUCUCGCAAGAAAGAUGUUACAAUUAGUGACGAUGUCAGAUUUUUAAAUGAAGCUGAUAAUGAUCAAGAUGGUGAUGAGCAUGCAUCCAAUUAUAUAGAAUCUAAAAGAACAUCUGCGUCUUCAACUGAAAUCGAACCUAGUGCACUUGUGAAGAUGAUGAAAAACUUUGGUUUUGAUAAUUCUGAAUCCUUAAAUUCAGAGUUCAAAGAUAAAAAUGUUGAUAGGAGGGUACCAAAAGGGAAACAAGCUCAGACACAUAGCCAAAUGUUCAAGUAUGCAUAUGCCCAGCUUGAGAACGAGAAGGCCCAGCAGCAGAAGAAGAAAAAUCUUACCUUCUCAGGAGUACUAUCCAUGGCAACAAAUAAGGCAAUCAAGAAAAGGCUAGUAAUUGAGAUUGCUUUCAGAGAUGUAACUGUUACUUUGAAAGGGAAAAACAAGCAUCUUUUGAGAUCCAUACAUGGGAUAAUCAUGCCCGGGCGUAUUACUGCAGUCAUGGGCCCUUCUGGAGCAGGAAAAACUACUUUUCUUUCGGCUUUGGCUGGAAAAACUGUUGGAUGCACCUUAACCGGUUCAAUACUUAUAAAUGGAAAGGCAGAUUCAAUUCACUCGUACAGAAAAAUUAUUGGUUUUGUUCCACAAGAUGAUAUUGUUCAUGGAAAUUUGACAGUCGAAGAAAAUCUAUGGUUCAGUGCUAAUUGCAGACUGUCGGCGGACAUGCCAAAGCCAGACAAGGUCCUGAUUGUUGAGAGGGUCAUUGACUCAUUGGGCUUACAAGCAGUAAGGAAUUCCUUGGUUGGCACAGUGGAGAAGCGAGGCAUUUCUGGAGGUCAGAGAAAACGAGUCAAUGUUGGGCUAGAGUUGGUAAUUGAACCAUCCCUACUGUUUUUGGAUGAGCCAACUUCAGGAUUAGACAGUGCAUCUUCUCAAUUACUUCUCAGAUCACUCUGCCGUGAAUCGCUUGAAGGGGUAAACAUUUGUAUGGUUGUCCACCAACCAAGCUACACGUUGUUCAAGAUGUUUGAUGAUUUGAUGCUUUUGGCAAAAGGAGGUCUUACAGUUUACCAUGGCCCAGCUAAGAAGGUUGAGGAGUACUUUGCACGUCUUGGGAUCAAUGUUCCCGAGCGUGUUAAUCCUCCAGACUACUACAUUGAUGUUCUGGAGGGCCUGAUUAGCCCAAAACUAAAAUCAAAGAUGAGUUGCAAUGAACUUCCUUUGUCAUGGAUGAUUCAUAAGGGCUAUCCCGUGCCUCCAGAUAUGCAACAGAAUGGGCAGAGAGAUGCUAAUUUUCCAGUGGGAGUAAAUAUUACCCAUAAUGAUCAUAGCAUCUAUGGUGGUAUCAAUGUGGAACAUUCUUUUGCUGGGGAAAUUUGGCAAGACAUGAAGUGCUAUGUGCAGCGCCAUCAUGAUAUUUUACAUCACAAUUUCUUGAGGCCAAAGGACCUUUCCAAUCGGAGAACUCCGAACAUUCUCUUGCAGUAUAAAUACUUCCUCGGAAGGCUGGGUAAGCAAAGAUUACGGGAAGCGAAAACACAAGCGAUGGAUUAUCUCAUUCUAUUAGUUGCUGGAGCCUGCUUGGGGUCACUGACAAAAGUGAAGGAUGAAACUUUUGGUUACCCUGGUUAUGUGCACACAAUAAUUGCUGUCUCUUUGCUGUGUAAAGUUGCUGCAUUGAGAACAUUUUCCUUGGACAAGUUGCAAUACUGGAGAGAAAGUGCUUCUGGCAUGAGUAGUCUUGCUCAUUUUGUAUCCAAAGACACAAUAGAUCACUUCAAUACCCUAAUCAAGCCAGCCGUGUACCUCUCCAUGUUCUACUUCUUCUGCAACCCAAGGUCCUCUUUCACAGACAACUAUGUUGUCUUACUCUGCCUUGUGUAUUGCGUUACGGGCAUGGGAUAUGCAUUCGCCAUCUUUCUUGAACCGGGGCCUUCCCAGCUGUGUGCUGUACUUGUGCCCGUGGUAUUGACUCUCGUCGCAACACAAACUUCGGGUACCAAGAUUUUUAACAUCAUAGCUGACCUGAGCUACCCGAAAUGGGCACUGCAAGCGUUUGUUAUAGCAAAUGCCGAAAGAUACUAUGGUGUGUGGCUGAUAACGCGUUGCGGGGCACUCCAGAAAUAUGGAUACAAUAUACACAAUUGGGGCCUUUGUUUAGCCAUUCUCAUCCUAACAGGUUUAGUCAGCCGGAUGGUGGCUUUCCUUGGUAUCACCCUUUUUCAAAAGAAGUGACCGAUAUAUAUUAUAGGAAAAUUGACCACAAUAAUUAUUUGGUCUGCUUCAAAUGAUAUAGAAUAUUUUGAUGUUGUAUAGUAUUCUAUUACAGUAUUAUUGAAUAUUGAUAUGUUGUACACUUGAAUCAUAUUAAUAAGUCGCGUGAAAAAAAUUAUUAGCGUGUUGCCGUUUAAAUAUAUGAGUACUCCGUAUGUAAUAAGGAUUAUAUUGUUAU